AUGAUGGAUACAGAUACAAACCUAAGAAAAUGUGAAAGAUGUUUUAUUUUCCUGGAAGCAGACAAUGAAAGUACAAAUUGCAUGAAUUGCCAACGUCAUGAGCAAAUACAGAAUGAACGACAUAAAUCAAGUGAAUGCUUAAAGAAACAAGCUAAAAAAAUGAUGACUAUUUCAAAUAAGAAAUUUACUCCGCUAGAAGUUGGUACCACAGUUAAAGUUUCAAUACCCGAUGUUGAUCGAGCACGUGGAUCGCCACGAAACCUAUUAGCAGUUAUUACCCAGGUUGAAGAUGAUUUAUAUAAAUUAGGUACAGAGAACGGCAUUAUUAAACAUUUGUAUACUCGAUCGCAGAUCGAUCCCUGCAAAGAAUGUUUCGUUGAUUUGGUAUCUGUAAAUACCGAAAAAGAAAUUACAUUGAGAGAAGCUGCAGGAUUUAGUAGUGUCACUGGAUCGCAAGGUUACAAAAGGUGUAAUUGCAAACUAAAUUGCAGAACAAACAAAGGCAUUUGUCGAUUAGCGGGAAUAUUAUGUAAUUCAAAAUGUCACAACAGUAUGCCUUGUGAAAAUAAAUAA